AUGGCUGAGGAAACCACUCCUCCCGCUCAGGCGCCUGCUGCUGCGUCCGAGGAGCCCGAGACCAACAUGGAGGCCGAAGCUCAAGACGUUGACGUUGACGCUGGCGCUGAAGCGUUAAUAAACCUUACUAUCGUCUUGCCCGACGCCAAUGCUAGCAAGAUGCAGAUUAUGGUCUCUUCUCAAGAACAGGUUCACGAGAUUCGACAGUCCAUCAUUGACCUUCCCUCCGCAUUCCAGUACACUUGCUUCCACCUCGAGUUUAACGGCAAGAAGAUCAACGACUUCAUUCCCCUCUCUGAAAUCCCUGACCUUGGCACUACUCCUGAAUUCCAUGUUGUUGAGGACCCAUAUACCGAGAAGGAAGCUCGCAUCCACUUUGUCCGCAUUCGAGAGCUUAUCGGUGCCUCUGGAGACCGAUGCGACACGGCCCAGGGCCUUCUUCCGGGACUGUCUCUCUUCGAAACUGUCGCCACAGAGGCCGUCAGCAACAACGAGUCGACUGAGGAGUCACCCAUUCAGAACUACGAUUUCCAGGCUGUACCCUCUCUAACCGAGUUGGUCCCUCCUCCCUCUGAGCCCGCUCCCAAGACAGUGAAGCAGAUCUCCUUGUCUUCCUGGAAUCCUCCUCCUCCUCACCUCCGACAGCGUGGCCACUUGCUCUACUUAGUUGUCUCCACCAACGAAGGCGAGCAAUAUCAGAUCACCUCUCACGUUUCGGGCUUCUUCGUCAACAAGUCAUCCAACGCCAAAUUCGAUCCCUUCCCUCGUGCGGCACCCAAAGGGCAGUCAGCUCACUCUUUGCUGAGCCUGAUCGAGCUGGUCUCUGCGUCCUUCGCCGAGUCCUUCGCCAAACUCCAGGACUACAACAACCAACGCGACCCUCUCGCCACUUUCCAAAUCACCAACGCUAUUCCCGCUGCUCCUUGGGUGGUUCCCUCUCCUAACUCGACACUUUGCACACAUCUUCCUGAUCCUGCACGAUCUCAGGAGACCUACCUCCUUAAUGGUGUUGAGAACACCGACACUCUGCGGGACUGGAAUGAAGAGUUCCAGUCAGCGAAGGAACUUCCUCGCGAGACUGUUCAGGAUCGUGUCUUCCGAGAACGACUUGUUUCUAAGCUCUUUGCCGAUUAUAAUGAGGCUGCUACUCGAGGCGCCGUCAUGGUCGCACGGGGUGACAUUGCUCCUUUGAACCCCACAGAAUGCAGAGAUGCUCAAAUAUUUGUCUAUAACAACAUAUUCUUCUCCUUCGGUGCUGACGGUGUUGGUACAUUCACUUCCGAGGGUGGUGAUGAGGCGGCUCGUGUCGCUACUGGCAAAGAUGUCGCUGGUGUGAAGCUCGUCAACCAAUUGGAUAUUGAGGGACUUUUCACUCCUGCCACCGUGGUUGUUGACUACCUUGGCAAGCGAAUUGUUGGUCAGAGCAUUGUUCCCGGUAUUUUCAAGCAGCGCGAACCUGGUGAGAACCAAAUCGACUACGGUGCUGUGGACGGCAAGGACAUCGUCGCCGCUGAUGAGAGGUUCGCUCCCGGCUUUGCUCAGCUGUCCAAGGCCCUGAAGGUCAAGAAGCAUCCUGUUUGGGACAAGGAGGGCAAGCGAUUUGACUUGGAGGCCAGUGUGGAGACCAAGGGUCUGUUAGGUACAGACGCCCGCAAGUAUGUCUUGGAUCUAUACCGUAUCAGCCCCCUCGACAUUGCCUGGCUGGAUGAAGAUGGCCUUCCUGAGGAUGGCGAUGCCUACCCUCACCGCAUGACGGUCCUCCGACCGGAGCUUGUCGACUCAUUCUCGCGAUACAAGCUGAAGCAGUGGGUAGAUAAAGAGGUUGCCCGUCGAGCUGAGCAAAAGAAAGAGAAGGAGGGGGAGAUCAGGGCUGCAGAGGGAGACGCCAAGGGAGACGCCAAGGGUGAAGAGGGCGAGGGCGAGGGCGAAGCCUCCAAGGAAGAGGAUAACCAGCCCAACCUAUCAGACUUCAAGUUCGCCCUUAACCCUGACGCUUUCAGUGGCCAAGUUCCUCAGACUGGUGAAGAGAAGGCCGAGUUUGCCGCUGAUGAGGAAGAGGUUAGGGCAGCUGGAAAAUAUCUCCGCGAACAGGUCAUCCCUGACCUGCUCAAGGAUCUUUCCGAGUCCGAGAUCAGCUUCCCCAUGGAUGGCCAGUCAUUGAGCCGACUUCUACACAAGCGCGGUAUCAACGUCAGAUACCUCGGUAAGGUUGCUGAGCUCUCUAGUGAUGGCCGACUCCGAUGCUUGCGCGACAUUUGCGUCCAGGAUAUGGUUGCCCGAGCCUUCAAGCAUAUUUCUGCUGUUUACCUCCGACACCUACCAGUCCCUGCUGUUCCUGCUGCUGUUUCUCAUCUCCUCAACUGUCUGCUUGGACAUAGGUUCAAUGAGAAGCCUAUUGCUGAGCUCGAUCCUUCCAUCCGCAGUCUCUACACUGAUGCCGACUGGUCUUUCGAGAAGGUUACACCUGAGAGUCUGCGGGAGAACAUUGAGGAGCAGAUCCUCCAGCGAUUCCGAUAUGAGCUCGACGAGGAGUGGCACAACCAGGUUCGCCCUGUGCAACUUCUUCGUGAGGUGUCGUUGAAGAUUGGUGUUCAGCUACUAGCCAAGGACUACAGUUUCACUGCUGAGACUGCUGCUGCUGCUGUUGCCGCCACCAAUGCUGAAGCUGCUCCUGUAAAGGUCGAGAAGCCUGUUACCAACGGCCAGACCAACGGAGAAACUGGUAGCAGCAAGAAAAAGAAGAAGAGCAAGGCUCGUGAGGCUUCUCCUGUUGAGGCUGCCGCCCCAGCCAAUGUGCAUACUUUCAGUCCCGAAGACGUCAUUGACCUCGUACCUUUAAUCAAGGACUCGUGUCCUCGCAGCGCCCUCGCAGAAGAGGCGCUUGAGGCUGGCCGUAUAUCUCUUCUCCAAAACCAGAAGAAACUGGGCCAGGAGCUCCUCCUGGAAUCCCUUUCCCUACACGAGCAGAUUUAUGGUAUCUUGCAUCCCGAGGUCGCUCGUGUCUACAACAGCCUAUCCAUGCUCUACUACCAGCUCGAUGAGAAGGAGGCUGCUGUUGACCUUGCUCGCAAAGCUAUCAUCGUCGCUGAGAGGACCGUUGGUGUCGACUCAGCCGAGACUCUCCUUAACUACCUCAACCUGAGCCUGUUCCUCCACCAGAUUGGUGACAGCAAGGGUGCUCUUGUGUACUCCAAACACGCUCUCAAGAUGUGGAAGGUCAUUUAUGGCCCUGAUCAUCCUGAUUCUAUCACAACACUCAACAAUGCUGCUGUGAUGCUCCAGAACCUCAAGGCUUACCACGAGUCUCGACUCUGGUUCGAGGAGUCACUGCGCGUAUGCGAGUCUGUUUUCGGCAAGCAAUCGAUCAACUCUGCAACCCUCCUCUUCCAGCUGGCUCAGGCUCUUGCUCUAGAUCGCGACUCAAAGGGAGCUGUUACUCGCAUGCGAGAGUCUUAUAACGUCUUCCUUGCUGAACUUGGACCUGAGGACAAGAACACCAAGGAGGCCGAGAGCUGGUUGGAGCAGCUCACCCAGAAUGCUGUCAACAUUGCCAAGCAUGCUAAGGACGUUGCUGCUCGAAGACUUCGAACGGGUGUUCGGUUUACCACCAAUCCCUCAAGCUUGGCGGCUUCCAAUGCUACUGUCCCCGGCCGCACGGGACCUGGUUCACAAGUUGACUCCCGCAGCAUUGAUGAGCUUAUCAAGUUCAUUGAGGGUGGUGAACAUCAGCAGACCAAGAAGCGAACUGGCCGUGGAAACCCUAAGAGGCGAGGCCAAGCUGGAGCGCGAUAG